AACAGAAGAAACAAGCUUCUAUGUUUGCAGUGGACAGGAAAUAUAAACAUGUCAACCAACUGCUGCGGUCAAAGCUACAGGAGCUGUUUGAGUUUUGUGUGUAAGGACAGGAAGCACAGAGAGACCAAUCAGAAGAAGAAACUGUAGAAAAACUCUUGUCAUGUCUAUGUUAAACACAACUUCUCUUUUUUCUGUAAAGUAAAACUGUUUGAUUAUCUGUGGAUCAGAGUGCAGCAGGCUGGAUGUGACGAUGGGGCACUCUUUGCUCUGCAUGAUGGGCUUUUUCUUGCUCAGUACUGUCAUCUGUGGAAAUGCUGAAGUUCCCAAUAAGCCCACUGUGACCCUGCAGCCAUCCUGGACUCUGAUAUACAGCGGUGAGAUAAACAGCGGUGAUAGAGUCACUGUCAGAUGUGAGAUUCAAGGAAGUGAAGGAGCUCAGUGGACGUAUGAAUGGAGACGAGGCCAGUCAAACAUACAUGAAACAUCCAGUGAAUACAGAAUCAACAGUGUUACUGAGUCUGAUGGUGGAGGAUACAGCUGCCGGGGCACAAGAAGCUCUUCCUGGACAGAGUGGAGUGAUAGCACCCCAUUGAAAGUAAUAGUUCCCAAUAAGCCCACUGUGACCCUGCAGCCAUCCUGGACUCAGAUAUACACUUUGUAG